CACCUUCAUGUCCAUAUGCUAGGAAGGAUUAUCAGAAUGACAGCUCGUACUUCAAGCAGAUCCAUAUCAUCAUCUGCUGCUUCUACCUCAAAGCGGACAUUGGCUAACGCACAGUCAGAAGAAGCAUCAACUAGUUCAGUUACUUCUUCCACCUCCGCUGCUGACGAGGUUAAUGGCCCAGCAACUGCCAUCCGAUCAAAGCGAACAAGAUAUGUUCCUCCAGCAAUAGGUGCAGAAGAAGCUCCUGUAGCUGUCAAAGUAGAGCAAGAAGAAAGCGUGAUAGAACCCGGUCCAGCAACUCCUGUACGAUAUUCAUUACGAAGGCGGAUAAAUGGAAAUGGUAUCGCAAAUGGAGCAACGGAAACAGAAUCAGGGGAGAUAAAGCCAUUGUUCAAGAUGGAAGAAGGUGAAGAGGAGCUUGGAGGGUCUAUCUCCACACCCAAAAAGAAGACAGCCAAGGUGAAAAAAGAACCAGCAGAUCCAUUUGCAGUUUCACCAAGAAAGACGAGCGUAAAACCGAUCAAGCUGGACUUAGAAGAACAUGAGAUAAAGCCUGCACCAAAGCGAUGGAAAGAGCAAUUAGAAGUCUUGACAAAACAAAGAAAGCGAAUCAUUGCUCCUGUGGAUACACUGGGAUGCGAAGAGAACGGAAGAGAUGAAAAGAGGAAAGAUUUGCGGGAAAUGAUGGAAUCACCUGAAGAAUCCGCAAAGAGAGCACGUUUCACUACGCUGGUCAGUCUCAUGUUAAGCUCGCAGACAAAAGAUCCGGUCACAGCAGAAGCUGUACACAACUUACAGAGAAAUUUGCCAAAUGGUUUGUGCUUAGACAGCAUCCUUAAUGCAACGCAAGAUCAAAUCUCUAGCAAUAUCAGCAAAGUUGGAUUUUGGAGAAGAAAGACUGGGUAUAUACAAAGCGCUGCAAAAAUUUUGCGAGAUGACUUUGAAGGAGAUGUUCCAAAAACGAUUGAUGAAUUGUGCUCUUUGCCUGGAGUAGGUCCAAAGAUGGGAUUCUUGGCCUUACAAAGCGCAUGGAAUAUCAAUGUGGGUAUCGGAGUGGACGUUCAUGUACACAGGGUGUCAAACAGGUUGAAAUGGGUAAAGUCUAACGAUCCAGAAGGAACACGAUUGCAAUUACAGAGCUGGCUACCCAAAGAGUUGCAUAGGACUAUCAACAAAACAUUGGUAGGAUUCGGUCAAGUGAUUUGUCAACCUGUUGGACCACGUUGUGACCUAUGUGCUUUGGGUGCUGCAAAGCUUUGCCCUUCGUAUCGAAAAGUGGAUCCAAAAUCAAUUGCUUCUCGUGUGAAGGUUGAGCUUCUACCAGAAGAAGAGGAAGUGGCGGCUGAAACAAAUGUCGAUCCUACUGCUGCUGUCAAGCUAGAGGGACCGGAAGGCGGAGGUACACUGUUAAUCAAGGAAGAAGAUGAACGUCUUGAUUGGUGAAUUAUAAAAAUCUGUAUUUUACAUGCUAUGACACUUGCUUUCUCCCGCACCAC